AUGGUUUUGCAAAAGCGUAAAGCAGAUGGAACAUAUGAGGCUAUCGGCGGAGCUUCGAAGAAAGCACGGACAGACUCUAUUCAAGUUCCCCAAAGUUCGUUCGCAAAUUCGAGUUCAAUACUUUCAGUACCAGUCGUGGACAUUCCUUCCACUACAGCAUCUUUGACUCCAACGACUUCGAAUCAGGUAUCAAGCAAAGGAAAAGGAAAAGGCCGCAAGAAGGCUGAACCCAGAGAAAAGAGGCUUGCGAGAUUUCGAUCUACCUGUCCCAAUGAUAUUUCUGUGAGAUUGGACCGGUAUCUUGCGCAAGCUCAAAGAAUUUAUCUCAUCGAGAGGAACCGUGAAGGAAACGCGUUGAAGGAGGAAUUCACCGUUCAGGGGUCGACGGGAAAUGUUUACACUGUUACAAUCGACAAUGUUCCUCACUGCAAUUGCCCAGAUCAUCAGAAAGGGCACCAUUGCAAGCAUCUCUUGUUCAUUCUUGUCAAAGUCCUCCAAAUCCCACAAAGUUCGAAUUAUUGGUAUCAAAAAGCGCUACUUUCAGAUGAGUUAUCAGAAAUAUUCUCUGCAGCACCUCCACCACCUCAGCUUCGGGGAAGCUUUAUUGCGAACAAAACUGUCGUCGGUGCAUGGCGGGAGGCGACAGGACGUGCGCCAGUUACCACUACUAUGUCUGACGAUCCACGUCGUAUCCCUGUAUCCGAGGACGAUUGUCCCAUUUGCUAUGACAAGAUGAACGCUGAAGAACUGGAUCUGAAAGGCUUGGAGAAAAUUCUUGAAUGGUGUAACGAAUGUCAUAAUGCUGUUCACAAAGAGUGUUGGACGCAAUGUAAGACGACGAAGCAAAGACAGGCUCAGUCGCUUACGUGCGUUUACUGUCGUUCGGAUUGGGUCGGUGCAGCUUCGUCUGCAAGAGGCCUUGGUGGAAGCGCUGCUCGCUUUGAGGAGGGUUUCGUCAAUCUUGCCAAUGUUUCGGGUGUCAGCACUGUGCGCGAUACUAGUACAUGUCGGUCAUUUUGUCUUGCUAUGCACCAUUCAAAGCUGACUGAUGUUUAUAGAUCAUAG